UCACCGGCAUCGCUACCGUAGUCGGCAAAGAAUGGUUCCCCGUUCUUCCUCCGCAGGCCGGGAGGCAAGGCCAGGCUACUUAAACCAGCCCAGGUUUUAACCAUGUGACGCUCAGCCCUGUAAACUCCGCGACAAAACUCUGCUGCGAGGCGCAAGGGGACCUUGCCGUAGCGCCGGGCUCCUGUCCUCCACUUCCCUCACAGUUGAGGAAGCCCAAGGAAAUAGGAGAAGGCUUAUUUUAAUGGAACUUCAGUUUGGGGGCCUCCUUUUCUGCGACUACGAACAGCACAGCGGUCCAAUACUUGCAGUGGGGGAACCGGAAGUACUUGGCUGGCCGCGCCGGAUAGACCGGAACUUGGAGGGUGGGGUUUGUGGUAGUGCGGGCCAAGGCGGGUCAGCUCGCUAAGCUACCUGGGUAAGGCCUAAAAUGGCUUCACUCCUGUGUUAGUCCGGCCUGGGACUGUAGUCUGUGCCUUGUCUUUGAAAUUCACACCUGCUCCUCACUUUCCCGGCUGGUUUGCUGUCCCUACUGAGGUAGGCAGGCUAGAGUAAUGGCAGGGAGCGUCCCUUGGGCGGCAGGUAGGAGACUGUGGGGCUGGAUGCCCUCGGCCUGCAGAAGCUUCUCUCUGGGUGUUCCACUGUCGCUCCAUGUAAGGCUCACUCUUCCACCUCCCAAAGUGGUUGAUCGCUGGAACGAGAAGAGAGCACUGUUUGGUGUAUAUGACAACAUUGGGAUCCUGGGGAAUUUCGAAAAGCAUCCAAAAGAACUGAUCAAGGGCCCAGUAUGGCUUCGAGGAUGGAGAGGAAAUGAAUUGCAGCGUUGUAUCCGUAAGAAGAAGAUGGUGGGAAGCAGAAUGUUCCUUGAGGACCUGCACAACCUUAACAAACGAAUCAACUAUCUCUACAAACACUUUAACCGACAUGGGAAGUACAGAUAGAACUGGAAAUUUGUCACCCUGCAGAAGGGGACUUUUCCCAGCAAGGAAAGAGCUUUGUGUGGUCUCUGUAAUAAAAAUGGGGCUUUUUUGGAAUCUGA